AUGGGCCCGAAGAGAAAACUGGAUGACCUGGCCCAGCCAUCCAGCAGCGGCGGCGGAGGCGAUGAUAGACCGACGAAGGCGCCACGGCUCUCGCCGCCGCCCGCGCAGUCGCCCUCUCGCGACCAGACGGCGCCUCCCACCUCACCGCCUCCGCUUCAGCCGCCAGGGUCCCCACCGCCUCCCGCCGACAAAGAUCCGGUGGAGCUGGAAGAGGGGGAGCUAGAAGAUGAUGCAGAUUCACAAGAGGAAGCAGAGGAUGAUCAGGAUUCGGAUGAGGAGCUCGGAGGAUCACUUCCUGAACUUGCACUCGGCACACAAGAGUAUCUUUCACUGCGAGAAACCUCGAGCCAGUUCCUGGAUGGCAAGAGAACGUACCUCAAACCGCAAAAGGACUGCCGUAUCCUCAUUGGUGUUUUCCGGUGUCCAGAUGAUCGUCCGACAGCAUUAGGAAGUGAGGAACAACUCGCAGAAUUGGUUCGUGAAUCUCCAGAUAACUCUAUCAUCCAGGAAAAGAUGAAGAUUCUCAGUAAGCAUUAUGUGCUCUUCCGAAGAACUCGCCAAGAUGGCAGCUGUUUUUACAGAGCUUUUCUGUUUUCCUACAUGGAGAUCCUUCGACAAAUGCAAGAUAAACAAGCUGAGGUUACUCGUCUUAUGGAAUGUUUGGAAAUGUAUACAGAUAGAUUCUCUCGUCUUAAGUGGGACAAAGCAUACUUCUUCAAUCCUGAAAAAUACUUCUCAAGUGUUGUUUCUGAGCUCAAUGAGGUUCUCAACGUCAUUGCAGCAGGCUGUACUUCUGAAUGGCUGUACAAGAGAAGCCUGCAGGAGACCUUUUCAGGCAGGAUUAUAUCUUUCCUUAGGUUGCUUACUGAGACUGAAAUCCGGACAGAAGAGUUCUACAAGCAAUCUAUCCCCCAAAAUUUGAAUGUCCUCCAGUUCUGUUGGAAAACGGUGCGAUCGCUGGAUGCUGAAGCUACCACUACACAAAUGAGGGCUUUGACAUACACGCUCGGCAUACCGUUGCGUGUCGAAGUCGUGGAUAAGAGCUCGACGGGUCAAGGUGUGUUAGUGAAGCGCCUCAAUUUCUUUCAUCAGGCAGACUUGAACAAGGGCCCUCUCCAUUUGACUCGGGGCUACCUUUCCUCGAGCACAGCUCCUAAACUGCUGGAGGAGGGAGGCGACGAUGCCAACUUGUUAUCAUCUGAUGGCGCGCCCUUGCUGACCUUGCUGUGUAGGCGUGGUCACUGUGACAUUCUUUACCGCAAGUGA